AUGGCAGCGCUAGGCGAGGAUCUGCUCGUCACCGUGAACAAACUCCAAGAUUUGGUCUUUAACACGAUUGGCAAUGACUCUCUCGAUUUGCCGCAGAUCGUUGUGGUCGGCUCCCAAUCGUCCGGCAAGUCGUCGGUCUUGGAGAAUAUCGUCGGGCGAGAUUUCUUGCCGCGCGGCAGUGGCAUCGUCACACGACGUCCAUUGAUCUUGCAACUCAUCAACAUUCCAAGUGAACGAACCGAUAAGCCGGAAAACGACGAAAUCCAUGUCCCACAUACAGCAGCCAGCGUGGCCGGCCAUCACGAAUGGGCCGAGUUCCACCACCAGCCGGGCCGCAAAUUCGAGGAUUUCGCCCAAGUGAAGCAGGAGAUCGAGGCUGAAACAGCACGAAUUGCGGGCAGCAACAAGGGAAUCAACCGUCAACCGAUAAACCUCAAAAUCUUUUCCCCCCAUGUCCUCAACUUGACGUUGGUGGACUUGCCUGGCUUAACCAAGGUGCCCAUUGGCGACCAACCUUCCGAUAUUGAGAAACAAACACGCACCCUGAUUCUGGAAUAUAUUGCCAAACCGAACAGUAUCAUUCUUGCCGUCUCCCCAGCCAAUGUUGACUUGGUGAACUCCGAAGCUCUGAAGCUCGCCCGGCAAGUUGAUCCCAUGGGCCGAAGGACAAUCGGCGUCCUGUCCAAACUGGAUCUCAUGGAUCACGGUACAAAUGCGAUGGACAUCCUCUCCGGUCGUGUAUACCCCCUGAAGCUUGGCUUCAUCGGUGUCGUCAACCGGUCUCAGCAGGACAUCCAGUCCGGAAAGGAACUUGCGGAAGCUCUGCGAGCUGAAGCCGACUUUUUCCGUCAUCACCCUGCGUAUCGGAACAUGGCGAACCGAUGUGGUACCCAUUUCUUGGCCAAGACUCUGAAUACGACUCUGAUGUCUCAUAUCCGUGACCGCUUGCCGGAUAUCAAGGCUCGUCUCAAUACGUUAAUGGGACAGACUCAGCAGGAAUUGGCGAGCUACGGCAACAAGCAAUUCAGUGGCCCAGAGCACCGCGGGUCUUUGAUUCUGCAGCUCAUGACACGCUUUGCGUCGUCGUUCAUCUCUUCCAUCGAUGGAACAUCUUCCGAGAUCUCAACUAAGGAGCUCUGCGGUGGAGCGCGGAUCUACUAUAUCUUCAACGAGGUGUUUGGAAAUUCUCUGGAAACCAUCGACCCCACUCAUAAUUUGACCGUUUCGGACAUCCGGACUGCCAUUCGCAAUUCAACAGGCCCCCGUCCCAGUCUUUUCGUACCAGAGCUGGCCUUCGACCUUCUGGUCAAGCCCCAGAUCAAACUCCUGGAAUCGCCCGCCCAGCGAUGUGUUGAGCUCGUGUACGAGGAGCUGAUUAAGAUCUGCCACACAUGUGGCUCGCAGGAACUGCUGCGCUUCCCUCGUCUCCAAGGAAAGCUGAUCGAGGUUGUGUCCGACCUCCUCCGCGAACGCCUGGGACCAUGUUCCGGCUACGUGGAGUCUCUCAUCUCCAUUCAAAGAGCCUAUAUCAAUACCAAUCACCCGAACUUUCCAGGUGCAGCUGCCGCCAUGCAGUCGAUCGUCCAAAAUAAGCAGGAAGAAGAGCGAAAAGCCGUUCUGGCGGAAGAAAAGCGCAAACGCGAGAAGCGACGAAUGAAGGAGCUCGGUGCAGCCAACGGUGUUAAUGGCACGCUGGAAGAGGAAGAUGCUCAAUCCGAAUCCAAGAACAACCUCCCCAUCCGCAGUCAGUCUACAAAGGGUGCGCGCAGUCUGUCGCCCAAUGUGGGCCGCAAUGCAGAGAACGGGAUUGCUGCGACCUUGAACGGCGCACAUGCGAACCAUCCGGCUGGCUUCGGUGGCCCGCACACUACUCGUGACUCUUUUCUGAACUACUUCUUUGGCAAGGAUGGUGGUGUUCAAAAUGCGGCUCCUCCGGUAUCAAACCGGUCCGCCCAGAUUGAACCCACGAUCAGCCAAAGCCUUCGUCGCUCUGAAAUGCGGUCUCCCCCAUGCAGUCCGAGGAAUACAUUGCUCCGCCUGAGUAUGGAGGUGAUGCCACUGUCUUCGUAA